GUUGCAUAAAUCGUAGUUUUUUCACAUCAGCACUGAUUGGUCGGAAGUUUGCGCACAGCGUUUUGGCUUGUGACGUCACAAACACCUUGCGCGAUCGCCAACCGCGCGUAUCGCAAUGCAUUUCGUUGCGCACACAUACUGCCGUGUUUACAUCGCUACAAGCCGAAACGCCUAUUUUUGUUAAAAUAACCAAGUGGUGUCGAUUUUCCCGCUUAAAUUGCAGCCACGUGGCAGGGCGAGCAGCAGAUGGCGACUCUUCAAAAACUGUUGUGGACUGAAGAAUACUCCGACUUCUCUGACGAGGUGGUGCUGGUCGAGAGCCGCUUCGUUCUGGAGAGAAAACACGGGGAGUGUCUGUGCAUGGUACACGCUGGCCUGACGCACACCGUGGUGCUGAUAGCUGAGGAAAGCGUAGAGGCAGACGCGGAUCAUCUCAGGACUGUCGCAGUUGCGACCGACGCACCCUCCAACUUAGAGUACCUCUACCUGGCGCACCUCUUCCCCUUACAGAAUACCAGGCUGUCGACCAGGAGACACCAGGAGCACCGGGGAGAGCACGUCUUGAGGCUUCGCCUCUCCUCGGGGAAGACGUGGUACCUGGAGCUAGCUGAAGGUAGGCAUCGCGAAGAUCGCUGGAGGGAGUGGUUGUCCUGGAUUCAUGAUCUAGACAAGAGACGCCUCGAGAUGCACCAUCAGAUGACGCUACACCCACGAUCAAGAGAGGCGAUACGGGCACAGCUGAAUUGGGGGAACUUGGAAGAGUGGACGGCUGAUGGUCAGGAAGGCGCAGCGGCCCUGGCGGCGGCACAGCAGCGGACACGCCGCGACUCCCGCGCUUACCACUGGGUGGGCCAUUUUGGAGGGGCAUUGUCUCGGGACCAUGAUGGCCAGAUAACCGGCGAAGACUACGACGCACCAGAUGCAGGCCUUCCUGGCCUCCUGCUUGGUCGUUCCGACAGCAUCCACCACUCUCCGAGCAGCAACAUGAGACAACACGGACGUAGCCACGUGUCCAAGUCUGCGACGGUCGUGGACCCGUCCGCGUCGUUCGUCUGGCAGCAGCCGGGAGAUCACCACUCCCUCCCCGUCCGGAAAAUCACCUACAGCAGCACAGACACGUACUCUAGCCUGGAGGACAUCGAGAGUGUGGGCAGCCUGGUCGGGGAUGCAUCCUUCGACUGGAAUCACCCUGUCUCGGACAACAUCAACCAGAAGCUGAUCCUCUGCGUUGGCGACCUCUUCCAAAAGUUCAACAUCGAGGCGCAUGGCCAUGGCCACGUCGGUAGGUGGCGCCCUAUGGCCUCAUUGACGGCAGUCGACCAGUUGAGGGAAUCCGACGUGACUACCUCUCACGGGGAAAGGCGUGGUUUGCCGCCCCUACCCGCAAAGGAGAUGCUCCAUCGUCGCUACUCACUGCCAGAUGUGCUGGAAGGAGAGGCCAGCUUCCUGGACGAUAUGCAGCCGGCGGCUGACGUCGCCCACCGGAAAUCUCUCGUCUACCUGGACCUGAUGAAUGACGACGACACCAAGACGCCCCACGUGUUCGGUGGCCACGUGAUGCUCCUGUCACCCGAGCAGACCAGGCUGCAGCAGGAGAUCACGAAAUCUCGCGAGUUGCCGGCCGACCUGGAGUUCGUGACAGCAGAGGGUAAGGGGCGUAGAGGGAUGUCUGGACAGGGAGGGGCACCGAUUUCGGGCCGAGUUGGUGUGACAGCGCUGGCACGGCAAACGGUGCAGAGGCAUGGAAGGAAGACAGAGAAAUCCAUGAAAGAAAGAUUACACCUCGGAAGCCACGAUAGUCACAGAGAACCUCUUAGGAAACAGCACGCGAAAUUAAAGUCAGAUACCACAGAGCAUCUCUCUGCCAGAAUUCUUCGCAAUAUACGGAAACGUAAGCGUUCAAGACGAGAUGGACGACCAGACCAAAUUACCAGCGUCCAUGACAUCGAUCCAGCCGUCCUCGCCGGAGAGUUGACCUCACUUGACUCGCUAUUGUUUGUGCGCGUUCGAGAAGCUGAGUUGGUGGACUGUCUAUGGCUUAAGGGAGACAGACACGCCCGCGCGCCCCACACCACCAGGCUCAUCGAAUUCUUCGAGCGCGUGGUGGGCCUGGUGUCCACCGAGAUCCUGCGGGGGUCCACCGCCAGGGAACGGGCGGCAACCGUGGCCCGGUUCGUGCUGGUCGCCGAGAGGUGCCGUAAGCUGCAGAACUUCCACAGCCUGAAGGCCGUGCUGAGCGGGCUGAAGGUACCUCCCAUCUACCGCCUAAGGAGGACCUGGCAGGCGUUUGAGGAGGACCACCCGGCCGAGUUUGGAGCCUGGAGCGAGAUGGUGUUUCUGAUGGCGGACGACGGAAAGAGUGAUCUGUACAAAAUGGCGGUGAAGAAAUCUCUCCUGUCGCCACCUUGUCUGCCAUUCAUAGGUCCAUUCCUGUUAAGUGUUGUGGAUCUGUAUUCAGCCGUUGAUAGAGCAGGAAUGCAACAAAGACGUUUUAGAAGGUAUGAUCAAUUUUCGUCUUCAUCUUCGUCACCUUCUUGCUACUCUUCAACGGAUGAGAGGGAAUCAACUAUACAAGACGUCUGCUAUGUCACUGACGACUCCAACACCGCGAACUCGACCACCGAAUAUCGUACCCAGCCAAAGUCGGCGCAUCAUGUUGGAUUCUUCGAUACUUUUGCUUCUGCCUGGCACAAGCUCCACCUCAAACACGGUAAACUGUCCGGAUCCCAGGCGGGGGCGUAUUCUGUUUCAUCCUGUUCACCCGAAUCGGAGGCGACCGGCGCGAGAAGAAUGACGCAAGGACGGAAGGAGCGCAUACGAGCACUGAUCAUUGACUACGCGAAGCGGUGUGCCCAGCAGCGUGGGAUGGAGUGGCGAGCCGGAGGGGGACGGGGUGCGGUCACCGCCCAAGAUCUGCUCGAGGCCGCCCUGUUCGCAGGGGUGGGUAAUCCCAUCAACUGGGGGAGCCUCUUCUCCAAGGUACAGCCGGCCGAUUGCGAGAUGCUGGCCGUUUCCAAGCAGGAGACCGAGGAGAAAGAAGCCAAGAAAAACGCCGAGUACCAGUUGUAUAGGACACUAUUCACGCACCAGAUGGCUGCCGUGCAGUACACGCACGGGAGCAACCGAGCCGCGAGAAACUACCUGCUGCACGCUGAAUACAACACAGACCAGCAGAAUUUCAAGCUGUCGAUGAGUCGUGAGCCCCCUAGCGACUGAAAACUGACAAUUAGUUCGAAACACACAAACACUGUACCGAAUGGUGCGUCUUGAACCUUUACAAAGGAAUACACAGCAAACCAGUCUGCUGUGGCGCAAUUUUCUUCCCUGAAACAAACACUGGUCUAAACAAAGACAUUAUGUUUGAAUCCUAUAUUUAAAUGACCUGUGGCAAAAGUGGACAUGCCUAAGGACCUGGUCUAAGUUAGGGCCAGACCAACAAGUCAAAUGCGGAUCAUGAAAUUGGUGCGGUACCAUGUCUACCAUUGACACAACGAUGUGUAACGCUUCACACCGGUUCAUGCCCCAAAGAUAAUUGAACAGCGCCACCUUCAGCUCGAGCCCUUCGCAAAUCGCCCAUGAUAGCCGGCCGAUGAUAGCCGGCCGCACGUUUCGACCUCAUCGUUUGUUCUCAGCUUGCUGCAUCUGACAAUGUUUCUGAAACGGUUGUAUUCCUUGGGACUCAAUCAACAUGACGUCUCAAGUUUGCUUCAAGAGGGAAGGCUCACAUAAGUAGCUAACAGGGUGGAAACAAAUCCGAUUUUUUUUAUGACAGUGUAAAUUCAACUUACAUGUUUUUCACCUAAAAAUGAUCCGCAUUAACGAUACAUAAAUAUGCAAAACCUUCGGCUUCUCUUGCCAAAGGAGCCGGGAGUUAAGUGUUGCCGCGUAACUUGCAAACCUGCUGAGUCGGUGGACAUUUUCGACCUCUCAGAAACCCAUUUAUUAUGUCAGUCCUAUGUAGCUGGUCAGGUACAAUUGAACUGUUGCUGACACAUCUUGUGACUCCGAGAUAACCUAGUCAGGAAAGUGAAAUAGAAUAGAAUGUUUCAAUAUCACAGCCAUCGCAGAUUCGCCAGCAAUUGCCCUCGGUAGAUACGGACGAGAAUACCACCCUGUAUAUACAACGAACUCUGACAUUGUGAGGGAUAAUCCCCCUUACAAGCUUCCCGUUUUCCCGCAUUCUUUAUCUUGUACCUCGUAGGUCGGUCCCAGCUCUUCCGGCGCGAUGACUGAGCGAGGCGGGGGGGGGAUUGGGCCGUUCGGUCCCGGGGGACUCCCUGCAUUCAAGCGCCCCGCGUUGCGGUUGGGAAAAUCUCCCCUAAUCCCGUGUAUUCACGGGGCUCAAUCAGCCGUCAGGGGAACAAGCCUAGGGAAACUCGAUCCUUCAGCUUUGGCUGAAUCGCUGACAUACUUUCCCGUUGACACCUUUACAAAGUUUCCAUCCCGAAGAAAUAACCCGACUCUCCCAGUGGGGCAUAAGGUGAAUGAUCCGCGGUGAUGUAUUUUGAGUCUAUUUUGGUAACACCUUUCUUGUUUGCGAGCAAAUCACAGCUUACACGUAACUAACAGCUUUCACUUUUACAAGCCUUCAACACUAUCUUCAAACAGUUUCACUUUCUGAGUGUAUGGCAAACACCCAAAUGCUGAGUUUUUAUCAUGUGUAGAGGCUGGUCUCAAUUUAAAGGGAAAUAAAGGGAAUAAUCAAUUACUGAUAAUAAUUGAAGACAUUGUUAAUGUCCGUCUGGUAAUAUUCGUGUUUAAUGGACCCAGAACAGGUCCAAUAAAAUAAAUAUUGACUGAACGGAUCUGUUUAUUAAACUCGACUUUGCGAGGAGGACCGCCAGGAGUAUUGAAUGAAGUUACACAAGACAGGCCCGUAGGCUGGCGGCGGGGGGGUUCGAACCCCCCCUCCUCGCUCGCUUCUGAGUUCCCCUUGUUGGUAGUCUUUUGUGUGUGUGUGUGUGUGUGUAGGCCCUACCGAAUAUUUUUAAAAUACUGUACUAUUCGGCAUACGAGCCAGGGCUUAUACGUUGAUUCUCAAGCUCAAGGUGACCACGAUUCUGCAUAUUAAUGAAUUAAUCUCUAGCCAUAUAUACCGUCAUGAAGUUCCGGUAAAUAUCCACAUUUCAGGUGUUUCAAAGGGUUUGAAAUCAAUGUAUCUUUGUUAAGUUUAUUCAGUAUUGAAAACUACAGUGUACAAGUCUUAUACGCAACUUUCAAUGUUGUUUUCCAAAGUACAUUGUGAUAGGCGAAAAAUAUGUUUUCACAGUGCCAAAAGUUCCUCUUUUUGGUUUGAAACCCCCACCCCGUCUUUGAUCAGGCAGUGGGCUUGUAAGUAAAGUAGACGCUUAAAGUGGCAGUAAAGAGU